AUGAUGGAGGAAGAGGAGGGAAACAGGAGGCAGGUGAAAAGAGGCUUGGAAAUGAAGGAGGAGGAGAUCAGCGGGCCUGGAGAGCUGGCCGGCCAGUUUGUAAGUGUCAUGCCCAUCUCCGUGCCCCACAACAAGCGGACCUGGUUUUUUGAUGCAUGGGAAUAUUUCUGUCUGGCACCUGCUCAUUCUGGGCACCACACCAACCAAUAUGCUACAUGCUGCUUAUGACAGGUGAGCCACAGCCCAGGGGUCAACGUGGGCACCCCUGCCCUCAGGGGUGACUUGGGCAGAGUUCUGGAGCAAGUGGAUGCCCUGGCAUCAUGGGCAAGUCAGAAGGAAAAGGAGGUGCUGAGGAGGGAGAGAGUGGUGGAAUGGUGAGAGAUGGCUGUGGAGAGGAGGGAGCAAGUCCUGGAAGAGGAGGAAAGGGCCAUCCUGAAGACAAAGUGGAAGUUGAGAGCUGAGAAGGCAGUAUCCCACGAGAAGGAUGGGUCUGCAGUGGGACAUCCUUUCCAUUUUGUUUAA